UGGGAAGCGGAAGUCGCUUGUCGCCGUUGUGAUUUGGCUCGUUCCCAGUCUCUCUUUCUCCUGAUAUUUUUCCUAGAAAACCGGAAGUGUCUAUUUCAGACGAUAAUUUCAUUCAAAACACCAAAGUGAAACUGCAACACGGCAAAUUCCAUGUUGGUUUAUCUUUCGUAAGAAGCAUUGAAACCGACCAGUUGCAAGUUUAUACAGAUCAGAGAACUUCCUCCGGUUUCAAAGCCACUGGAGCGAGAUUUUAACAGUUACAUCGGCGAUGGACAACUCUUUCUAUCAUGAGGAUGAAUAUGAAGAAGAGGAAGAACAAGACGAAAAUUUCGAAGAAGAGGAAGACGAUUUUGAUGUCAGUCGCUUUGUUGAGUCAGAAGAUGACAAUGGGGAAGAGAAGGCUAAAAAUAAUUUGACAGCGGAGAUGUCAUCUGUUACUAGCAAGAACGUACAAGACGAAGACCCCGAGGAGAUGGAAGAAAAACUGAAAAAGCUUGAGGAAAUUUUCAGCUGUUUGCCACCAGUCCUGAUCAGAAGAGUUCUAAAUGGCGAUGACGUCAAGGGAAACGUUGCAAUAGCAAGCCAGCGGCUACAGGAAUUUCAAGAUAUGGAAAAUCCACAGGACAUAUUCAAAAGCCCACCGACAGUCAAGCCCUUGACAGGUACUGUAGAGGAAACGAGUUCUAGAAGAACUGAUCAGCCGAGGAAUUUCCGAGGAAAAAAGAGGAGAAAUAGGAUUAGAAGCGACAAUGACAUGCCCAAGGAACAUGGAGAGAUACAAGACUUGAGAAGAGAUAGCUUUGACGAUACCAGGGCGGAAAACAGGGGCGGUUACCAAGGUAAUCGAGGCCAAAAUGCAAAGCAAAGAGGAGGGUACAAGGGAAGGCCAAGAGGAGCACCAAGGGGAGGUUCCAGAGGCGGUUUUGCACAGGGACAAAGUGACUACCAAGGAUUCAGAGAUAAUGAUGUUGGAUUGUCUCAAGGAUGUGGCUUUGUCAAUUUUGUUCAUCACUCUUAUAAUGUGUAUGAGUGA